AUGACGAAGGUGCAUCCAGCGUGUCGACGACGUGGGCCAUCUUGAGGGAGGAGAAGGGAAGCAGUGGUCGAGAAGAAAGUCUAAGAAGAGCGAAAGAAAAAAUAAUAUACUUGGCGACAGCUCCACCACCCAGCUGCGCCACUCUAAUUUAGCGCUCUUUGGCAACCAUCACCAAAGCAAGCACGGCCCAUCUUCAGACAGGGGGAGAAAAGUAGGCGGCCGCCGACCAAAAGACGAUGCAGUUUGGCACACUGAGGAUACUCCUCGUUCGGCAUGGCCUGAGUGAGGACAACCUCAACGCCAUCUGGGCCGGACAUAAGGACUCGCCGCUGAGCGCGACGGGUAUCAAUCAGGCAAAGGCGCUGGGAGCUUCGCUCUCGACACUGCCCAUCGAUGCCAUCUACUCCUCCGACCUCAAGAGGGCCCGCAGGACUGCCGAGGAGAUCCUUGCGGCCAACCAGAGCGUGCCUCCACCGCCACUGGUCCAGGCUCAGACAUUCAGAGAGCAGAACUUUGGACAGGCAGAGGGCAGGAGCUGGCACGAUGCGAAUUGGAUGAACUCAGCCUCGGGCGAGAACUCGAGAUCCUUUCGUUUUCCUGACGGCGAGUCAUUGGACGAGGUGAAUGCCAGGAUGGGCGUGGCGGUCAGGCGAUAUAUCCUUCCGAGGCUCGAGGCGCUGCGAAAGGACAGCCAGAAGCCCAACCACCUGCCGGACGCAGCCAUGGGCCCCCAUAUCGUUGUGGUUGCUCAUGGCAUAGCGAUAGCCGAGCUUUUACGCGUCUUCAUGUCUUUGCACGAUGCGUCCGAUCCUUCCUCGCCAUGGCCUGAUCCUCGAGUGUCCUACAAGCGCGUUCGUAUGGAGAAUACAGGGUGGACUCUUGUCGAGCUUGCCGUUCCCUCGAGCGAUCCAGACGCAAUCUCUGAUGUCGAGAUGCAGAGAAGUAUUAGCGGGCCCGUGAACAAGCAGCUACCCCCUGAGCCACCAAAGGAUGGGGAAAAGGAGGCAGGACAGGUCAUGCAAGACAUCGUAGAAGGUUCCGCCGAUGCCGAAGGGCUACCACCCGCAGCGCCGUCAGCUGCCCCUGCGUCCUCUGCGAAAAAGACAGUCUUCGUUCGAAUUGCACAGCAAAAUAACACAGACCACCUGAGAAGCUUGACCUUGGGACAGACUUCGAGAAAUGUCGCAGGAGCGAUUAUUGCCGGAGGUGGCGAAGUCGCCAAUGACACAGGAUCCACAUCGAGGACACAUCAGGCAUAUGAUGCGAGGUAUAUGAUGAAGGAGCUCGAGAAGGCCUCAACACCUGCCUCAAUCCUUAGCACCGGUGAUCCGGCAACGCUGUCGAGCCGUUCAGGCACUGUCUCGAAAGGUACACCAGCUCCUCCGCACCCUCCAAGCAUCGAAAGUGCCCCGGGCGCCUGGAGCGAUGUUUGGCACACCAUAUGUGUCCGUAUUCUCCCCCUCUACAACGGCGAAGAUCUUCGAGGCACCAUCGAAGAGCUCAACGAGUAUGUUAGUGCACAUGCUCACCGUCAUCUCACCCGAAGUCCGGCCCGCGCUCUGGACAGCCUGUCAAAAGAUCUCUACACUGUUUGUGCCGCUGGCACCUACACGCUUUCGUCGCACCUCUCCUCGCUGGCUGCCAACGACGACUCGCGCCUGCUUUCGCGCCUGGCAGACCUCUGGACCUUCUUCUUUACGUCCAUUCUUCCAUGCAUCGAAGCCUGCUUCCUGCCGCUCCAGACGGACCCAGUCCUCGUCAGUCUGUCAAAGAGGGACAACAUGGCGUCACAGACUUCAGCUGCUGGCGCCGCUCACGCGUCGUCGUCUUCCAACUCGACGUCUUCCAAUGGUCCUUCUCACGGCAUCAGCCUUCGAGGACCACGAAUCGAAGUUCGCAAGAUCGCCUUGACUGUCUUUCGCGAUCACCUCGUGCUACCGAUCUACGAGCGGUUGUUCUACCUCUUUGGCCACAUUCGCGACUAUGAUAUUGGGCGAGAAAUGGGGGCUAACUUGCCAAGCAAGGGUCUGAUCCAAAGCGCACCUUCGUCAGACGAUACUUUCCGAGCGACGUCUUCAUUUGGUAUGACGACAGACGAUGGCGAAUCGUCCUUUUCCGUCUACCCUCCUUUGCUUCAGAUGUCGAGUAUCUUGGCCGGGCUUCUGUCGCAGGACGAGUCGCAGGCCACUGUUGAUGGCUUGCUUCGUGCGCUUCAGGUCGGCUUUAACUCGACCGCCAGUACAUCGUUGGACGACCAAGGGCCAUCGCACAGGAUGCCGGGCGAUGCGAGCAGGUUACUUGAUCUCGCGAGCAGAGAAUACCAUCCCGCCUCCUCUUCGCCUUUGGGACCGCAUGUCGGCGUGCAGCUGGGCACCGGAAGCAGCAGCCGACCGAGCAAUCGGCACGGCUGGUUACCGAGGAGCGCUGUGAAACAUGGGCCCAAUGCGUCAAGCGACGAAUCAGCAGAGGCGCUUUCGUCGGGACUUAUGGCCCGGGCGGCACUCAAGGGUAGCGCCCUCAGUCGGGAAGAGGCCUACUUGUCAUCUCUGAGGUCUCCCUCAAUCGACGUAGAUGAUGAACCCGAGUCGGAGAAAUCCAGCGAUGCACUACCCCCACCUUUAACAAUGGAGGCCCCUUCGACCACCUCGACGGGCACUUCUUCAUCACCUGUGCCAUCGAAUUCAUCGACGAGACCUUUCCACGUCCCUUCGUCAGCCAUUGGGCUGGGCCUGGAGGAGCAUGGGGCAGAGUAGCUCCUGCGCAAAUGUCAGGCCCAAGAUGUAUUCUAGUUCUCAUUCAUUCAUUCAUAAUCAAUGUACUGGCA